UACACCAACGCCGUCAUGAAGUGGGGUGAAGUUGGGGUGAAGACAAUAUAUAAGCACGCUCUACACAUGAAAAUCAACAUUCACAUCUCUCACGACGACCCUCACGACUGUAUAUAUUUCGCACUUUUGAAUCUCUGAAUAUCAACGACAUGGCCAACACAAACGGAAAUAACGCGGGUGCCAACUUCGGUCAGAAGGUUAGGGGAGGGUGGAAUGCUGUAGAGGGAGCCGGUGACAAGCUGAGAGGCGGCGUUUUGGAUUUCGUCGAUUCCGCCACGGGCACCGGCGGACACCACGCCGAGACAGACAUAGGCGACGCGAAGAUGCGGCAGGGAGCGGCGCAGACGAAGCAACCUACCAGUGGCACCGCUGCCGGCACGACGACCGCGACUGCUCCUGCAGCCACCGCUGGCACUGGCACGAACACGACCACCGCCGCGCCCACUGCUGGUGCUAACAGGCCGACGACAGCCGCAACUACCAAUGGCACCGGCACGGGUGCUUCAAGCACCGUCAAUUGAUCGACUCUACACGGGCCUGUACAUACCAGGUACAUACGAAGUGGUCCGCAUACCCUGAUCCAAGUCGUCCGUGUGUCCGAGUCGUAGACUGUAGAGGUACAUCGUGUAAUAUCACCGUAUGCAACGUGUGACUUGCCCACUUCAACGUUUGUGGCUUUUCUUGGCGGGAUUGGGCAGCACAAUGAGCCACAUCGGAUUAUUUACGUUGCUAUGCUUUAUUCUGAUGGUUGUGAGUUGGUCUGACCACGAUGUAGGCAUCGU